AUGGAUCAAAAUCCGGAAUACUACCCGGAUGCACAGCCCCUUGAACUAUUAAUAGAGGGUUAUAACAACAGUCUCAGAAAUCGCGCCCUGAACCGAACUGGAGAUAGCGGCUAUUUAACACGUCCGGAGUCACCCAUAAUAUUGAUGGAUAAUUGGGAACGAUAUUUUCCGAGCCCAAUUUAUGAACCUUCGUUAACUCAAAAUACACCGCCACAAAAUACACCGCCGUCGUCGCCGCAGGACAAUGAAAUAUCAUGUCAAGAUUUAUUUCCAGAACUUGAAGCAUCGUCAUCUAUAGAUUCGCCGAAUAUGUUAAUUCCCCAUGCGCCUAUAAGAUCACACACGACGCAGUCUUCAUGCCAGCCAUCGGUCGAAAUGGAUUGGAGUGAUGACGGAAAUAACGAGCAACUCAAUAGACUUAUGGACAAGUAUGAGGGGUGGGGUAGUGAUUAUGAUGAAAUAAAUGAGUUGUUUUUAAAAAAGCAUAAUAAAUAA